AUGACAAACACAUCAGACGAGACACACCCAACCCACCUCUCACCUAGCGAACUAGGUACAAAGGAAUAUUGGGAAACCUUCUACUCCAGAACAUUAACGCAUAUCUCGACGAAACACAACAACGCGGCAGGCGAGAAAAGUUCUAGCGGCAAUAACGAAAACGAAAAAAUAGAUGGAGAAGACUCUGGCGAAGAUAAUGAAGAUGAAGAUGAAGAUGACGACGAUGAUUACAACGGCGACUCGGACCCCGGCACCUCCUGGUUCUCGGAACACAAUGCGCCGCAGAAAGUCCUUGAGUUUUUAACGCGGGAGGAGUUCCCCCUUGCGCCGUCUAAUACGCUUGGGUCUAGGCGGGGAGGAGGAGGGAAGAAGGGAGCAAAGAAAACAGCGCUUAGUGCCGAGGAUAAGAAAAAGCAGCCGAGUGUGUUGGAUCUUGGGACGGGGAAUGGGAGUAUGUUAGCGUUGCUGAGGAAGCGCGGCGGGUUUGUGGGGGAUAUGGUGGGAGUUGAUUAUUCGGGGAAGAGCGUGGAGUUGGCGAGGGAGUUACAGGUUACGAGGAGGCAUGAAGCUUAUCAGACUGAUUCGGAGGAUGAGGGUGGGUUUGGGUCUGGUGAUGAUGCUGGGGAGGGAGAAGGAGGAGAAGAAUGGGACGAGAUCCAAUUUGAAGAGUGGGAUAUCCUCGGCUCUGAGGACGAGUUGCGUGCUGGGAAAGUGGGCUGGUUUCCGUAUGACAAGGGAGGGUUUGAUAUUGUUCUUGACAAGGGGACGUUCGAUGCUGUUUCCCUGAUGGCUGAGAAGAGUCAGUGCGAGCGGUAUCCUGGGAUUUCCGGGGCGUUGGUCCGGAAGGGUGGAUUCCUGGUUGUGACGAGUUGUAAUUGGACUGAGGAGGAGGUUGUUCGGUGGUUUAAUUCUGCCUCUGGUGGUUCUGAGUCUGCAAAGUUGGUUGUCUGGGGUAGAGUCCAAUAUCCCCGGUUCAGGUUCGGUGGGCAAGAAGGGCAGGGAGUCUGCACAGUGUGCUUUCAGCGUGUCUAA